AGUACAACUCCCGCGUUUCCCCAAAGCGUCACACCAUCUCCACGUCGACCGCGGACCCGGCGUGGUCACGUGAGAGGAGAAAGCAAGUCCAAUCAGAUGACCUGUCACAGGAAGGGGCCAAAAUGGAAAGCCGGUGAAAAGGAAAAGGAAAAGGCAAAGGCAAAGAGAUUCAUGGUGGAGGUGGGUCUGGCUUUUGGCACGAAAAGAGGCUUGUGGGAGCUUGAUAAAGUCACAAUGUCCACCAAGAGGUUGUGUAAUGAAGACUACAAUGAUUACAGUUCAACAGAUGGGACUCCCGAUGGCAGUUUCCCAGAUGGCUUGAACAAUAUUUCCAGUCCAUCAUCCUACCAACGAUUUGGAGAAACAAAUGGAACAACAUGGUACCAAACCUUAAUACAUCUCUUGAAAGGGAACGUUGGCACUGGCCUGUUAGGACUUCCGUUAGCAAUCAAAAAUGCUGGUAUUGUGCUGGGUCCCAUCUCUUUGCUUGUGAUUGGAAUCAUCGCAGUACAUUGCAUGGACAUCCUCGUCAAAUGUGCUCACCACCUGUGCCAGAAACAUCAAAAACCAUUUCUGGAAUAUGGGGAUGCUGUGAUGCAUGGGCUAGAAGCUGGUCCCAUUUCAUGGCUCAGAACUCAUUCUAUCUGGGGAAGGUAUCUAGUAAGUUUUUUCUUAAUUCUUACUCAGCUGGGAUUCUGUUGUGUAUAUUUUGUAUUCCUUGCUGACAAUUUCAGACAGGUAAUAUCUGCUGCCAAUGGUACCACCAAUGAUUGCAGUGCCAAUGAAACUGCUCUGUGGACUCCAACAAUGAGCUCUCAGUUAUAUAUCCUGGCCUUCUUACCAUUUGUGAUACUGCUCGUCUUCAUCCAGAAUCUCAAGAUUCUUUCCAUUUUCUCUAUGGCAGCCAAUAUUCUGAUGUUGAGCAGCCUGAUAAUGUUAUAUCAGUACAUUGUCAGGGACAUUCCAAAUCCUAGCCAUCUGCCUAUGGUAGCUGCCUGGAAAACAAUGCCUCUCUUUUUUGGUACAGCCAUCUUUGCCUUUGAAGGCAUCGGAGUGGUGCUCCCUCUAGAAAACAAAAUGAAGAACCCCCAGCACUUUCACACUAUCCUGUAUGUAGGAAUGGCGAUUGUUACCACAUUCUACCUCAGCUUGGGAACACUAGGAUAUUUGCGCUUUGGAGCUAACAUCCAGGCCAGCAUCACGCUCAAUCUCCCCAACUGUUGGUUGUACCAGUCUGUCAAGCUGCUCUACUCCCUCGGAAUCUUCUUCACUUAUGCUCUGCAGUUCUAUGUCCCUGCAGAAAUAAUAAUUCCUGUGGCUGCUUCCAAGGUCCCAGAACGCUGGAGAUUAUGUUGCAAAGUGCUGCUGAGAGUACUCCUUGUCUGCGUAACAUGUGCCCUUGCAAUAUUGAUACCUCGCUUGGACAUUGUCAUAGCUCUGGUAGGCUCAGUGAGCAGCAGUGCUCUAGCACUUAUUAUCCCGCCCCUCUUGGAGAUCUUCACCUAUUAUUCGGAAGGCCUGCACCCGCUCAUCCUGGCCAAAGAUAUUCUCAUCAGCCUCUUCGGUAUUACUGGCUUUGUUGUGGGGACAUAUGAAUCCCUCUAUGAACUGAUUGUACCAACUGUGUCCAAUGCCACCGUUGCUUUACCAUGAUACUGUAACCUGUUUUCACUUUGAAAAGUUACCUGCAGUUCGGAUGGAUCUUGAGUUUCUUCAUAGCAAGUGCAGGAACUUGGGGCUUCUCCUUGCUUUCCAAAUCUAUUUAUUUUAUAGAUUAAACAGAUACGGCUACGGUUAAAAAAGAAGGGGCUCUUUUUUAGUACUCUUAUUUAUUUAUGCUUCUUUUUUGGUAUGGGGUGGAUUUAGGAGACAUAUAAAAUAUAUAUAUAUGGGUGCUCCAUUAUCCCUACCUGGAAGAAACUGAAUGACUUGCAAGCAUCUUGGAUUUUACUAGACUUCUGGAUCAAGAGCAGUGGAUGUGGGGAGAAUUAGGAGUCCUAAUACUCCUCACCAGAUGAUUUUUAUGAAACCUUUGGAGCAUCAUGUUACCAGUUCAUUUUUAUUUUCAUUGUUCUUGUUCUAAACUACUUCAGGCUAUCAAUUUAGAAACCAUAUGUCUCAUUUCUAAAGUAAAUUCCUCCUUUUGGAUAGUUGCAUGUCAAGCGAGAUAGAGCUUGAGAGUGGUAGCUAACACAGAAGAAGGAAAUGUAAAUGAAACUCAAUGUUUAAUAUUAAAAACGGACUCUAUAAGUUCAUGCUUCUAUCCCAUGAGUUUCUGUGUCUAUUGGUAAUAAGACUGAAAGCUAAAAACAGCAUCAUGCUGUAUAAUGUAUAAUUCUCAGGCAACACCAAUUGGACUGCAUAUAAAAAGGGAAAUAAGGUUUAUAUUGCUAAAUCCAGCACUAUGCUAGUUUGACUCUAUAGCAGGGUUCAUAUCAAAUUGCUGUGGGGAAAAAGAUACAUGUGUGAACUGGACAGGAUAUUGAAAAGUGUUUUUAAAGAUUUUUUUUUAUACUUGUGUAAACAACAGGAUAUUAUAAAACAAUCCUCUAUUGUAAGCUUUUACUUUGUUGUAGCUUCAAGGAUCAUUCACUAAGCAUACAUUUUGAAAAAUGCCUUGAAUGUCAUGAUUAUAAUCCAAUUCAUGUAAACAAUAAUUUAACACGAGUAUAUAUGUAUAUACACUAUAAAACACAAUGUGAGUCAGAUGCAUAGUUGUAACUUCUGAAUUAUUUUGCUUCUGUAUUAUGGAAACACUUUGAGAGCUACAUAACAAUCACAGCCAAUUAGCAUGUGUACAGAGGUUAAAUUCAUCGGCCCAACUUUCACGAUUUUCUUAUUUUACAUAUAAGAGAAAAGCGAGCCAAUCAAAAUAGAUAAAUAAAUUGAUUGAGCGGGCACAGGGAGAUUCUUAUCCCGGUAUUAAAAGUGCAAUACACAUCCUAUUUUCUGUUAUUUGCCUUUGUUCUCAGGAACACUGAGUCUUCGAAGAGGGGCGGCAUACAAAUUGAAUUAAUAAAUAAAUAAACACUGUUCUCAGAAACAGUGUUGAAAUUAAAUAGUUUACACAAAGGUUAUUUCCUAAGAUUUCAGCUGCUUCAUGGCAUUAUUAAGUAUUUUAUACUACAAUUUUGGUUUUCUAACUAAUCAUACAUGCGGCUUGCAUUAUGGUUUCUUCUGUUUUUAUCUAAUUAGCCAAGCAAUCUGAAUUUGACUAUAACACUUAAAUUAUAAUUAAAAUGCAAUUUACCAGGAAACAAUUUUUUGCUCCCUGAAUUCAGUAGGGCUUAUUUCUAUCAGGUAAUGGCUUUAAAAAAAGGAAGAUGGGAUGCAUACCAUUGUUUAUUUCUUCCAGUAAUCAUUAUUAGGUUGCAUCUUUAACUUUGUUCUUGAAUAAGCCACACAGGAUGAAGAAGGGAGCAAGGAAUUGUCACUCUUCAGAUAUGACACUCAUAUAUUUAUUUAACACUUUAAAUAGAAACUGAAAUGUAGGGUUUAUGAAUUAUUUUGGAAAUGUUUUGUAGUCUAGUUUUAAAUAUUGUAAUGAUUUAUCUACUUUUUAUGCAUUGCUGUAUGGUUGAUUAAAUAAUUAAAUGAAUUGCGAGUUAGCUUCCUAUCCCCUUUCUCAUUCUUCUGAAACUACAGACGUCUCAUUAACUCUGGGCUAUACGUGGGGUUUAUAUUUCUUUCCCCAUAUACUGGUAGUAAAGCAUGUGAGAAAAUAGACAAAUAUUCUAUGUUCUGGUCCUGGCAACAUAAUGGUGAAAUGUAAAUUAAAACUGCUUUAAAUUUUGCCAGUGAACCCAGGACAGUGAGACAUGAGCAGAAACCUGCAGGUUAGUAGUAUUGCAAGUUUUUACCAUGAUUAACUAGAACCUUUGCCAGGUAGCCAGAGUAGUCAAGAGUAAAUAAAAUUUAAAGUGGUAAUGACACAUUUCUUAACUUUUAAAAAAAAAAAAUAAACUGAUAUUUUGACUUUAUAAUUAUUACAAACAGUAGAAUUGAUAAUGUUAUGCUUGUGCAUUCUUGCAGUCUUAUAAUCUUAUCUUGAACUGUUAUAAGUGAUUAUGUGAACAUUAUGUGACCAUUCGCACUGAAACAGAAGCAGAAUGGAUGCAGAAAGUAGAAAAACAAGGGAACUUAAUGAAGUCACAAAGAAACAUUAUUGAAUUGGAUACUGGCUUUUUAACUUUGGGAUUGCUGCACUUUUCAAAUAGUAAGUGCCAUUAAGACCAAUUUGGUAGAUGUUCUUAAGUAUAACUCCCAUAGAAAAUGCAGGAUUUUAACGUUUAUUGAUUUGUAGAUCUUCCAUUAUUUGAAAAGUUCAUCAUCGCAUAAUAUUGCUUUGAUAGCAUUCUGCUAGUCCCUGAGGAUCCAAGGUUGGCUAUUAGUUGUAUUAGUCAGAGCCACUGAAUGAAAUGAUUUUGUUCACUUAUUUCUCAAUAGAUGCCUUAAUAUGUCUUUGUAAUUUAUGGUUCUAUAAAACUGUGUAUUCUGACUGAACACUAUGUGAAGCAUUCUUCUUGGUGGGAAUAGUACUUCUUCUUGACUUCUAGGGAAAGAACACUUUUUCCAGUCAGGAUUUUAAUGAAAAAAGUCUACAUCAGACAUUACCACUAAUUAUAACAUAUCCAUGGCAUUGUGGCUGGUGGCCUUGUCUUGGUACACAUGUUAAAAUUGCCUGCAUACAAUUGUCUUUUACCGUUUCUUUCCUCCCCCCCCCCCAGAAUAAACUGUGUAUUUGUAUGUUCUUGCACAGACAGAAAGAGGCGGUUUUGAAUUAUUGGAUUAUCUAUACACUUGUUUCCAGUAGUCCUCAUAGAAGGAUAAAGCUACAGCAAUGGCCACAUUAAGAGUUUUUUGAUCUGUUGUCUAGUUUUGUCUGUAAUGUAGUCAUGUCCUCCUCAGAUCUCAUACUGAGUCGGUAAUUAUGAGAUUUGAAGUAAACAUUUCUGAUUUCUCUCUCCAUACAUUAUCUUUGUCAUCUAGUCUGUUGUGUCUCUGAUAAUGAAUAAAAAGGGCAUUUCAGUGUCGGUCAUGUCUGCUUACUUUAAUUUGAUUUAUUUGUAAAAGAAGCGAUUGCCCUUGUGAAAUUAGAUAUGUGCAAAAUCCAAACACAGCUUUGGUAUUCCCCAAACGUCUAUGACUAUCAAAAUCCCCAAAAUUGACUUCCAAAGGGGACACGUUGAAGGUAUUGAGAUCUGUGCAUAGAUCUAAGAAACUGGAACACUACAUAUUUGGAGACUAGAUGAAAACCCCAGCUAAUGUUUGCACAGAACUUUGGGAAUAGUUUCCAGUUCCUCAAGGUUACUCUUAAUUUAUCACUUUGGGCCUUUGCCUUCAAUUAGAUAUACUGCUGCUCCUUUUAGGGUAGCUUGGUGACACAUAUUUAACUACGGUGCAGAAUCAGGCAAACAUAUUUUGGGUAACCUAAAUUUGGGAAAUGCAUGCAAUUAUCCUCAAAUGUUUCUACAAAGAGUGACUUUGAAGAUAGGAAAUAAUGUCUGUUUGUGCGUCUAUCGAAUCAGUGUUUAUUUAUUUGUGCCUACUUGUGUGUACAGCAAGCCACUAUGUACAUUGGGUGUACUCUGGAAGAGAUGCAGGUGAUGUUAUGUAUGAUAAUGCUGUAACUGAAUGAUAUAUUUAACUGGAUGUUUCAUUCAAUAAAUUCAAUUUUUUUUACUGUA